ACCAGAUAGAGUGCUCGAUUGGUGGUGUUCCAUGCAUGGGGUUGAUGCAAAGGGACAGAGAGUCAUACCUGAUCCCGGAACAAAACAGAUAGCUAAUGCCAUUAUUGGCUUGAAGGAAAAGGAGGCAGCUGGUGAGUUCACUCCUAGAGGACAAGUUGAUGCCUUACACGAGACUCUAGGACGGGACCAGUAUGGACGUGUGAGGGGCGUAGGAGGUGUCCGCCUCGGGGUGAGAAAGGUGUAUGGUGAUCAAUACACCUCUACGUCCAGAUCCACUACCUCCAGUGUCAAUUCAUCACCUUCCAUAGAUGUGGAGGCUAUGAAAGCCGAACUUCGGGAGGAGCUCAGAGCGGAGAUGACUCAGAAUUUCAACGCCAUUUUGGCGCAGAUGGGCUUACCGACUUUUGGUGCUUUCACGCAGGGCAAUGUUCCUAUGCAGCCUGUUCCUACGCAGCCUGUUCCUACGCAGCCUCGUCCACAAGGAGUUAACGGUAAUUGUUUAAUAUCACAACUAUUACAUUGUGCCGGUUUCGAAGCAUUUCCUCUUCCGCUGCCGAAUGCAGGAGUUGGUCUACAGUUAUUGUCUGAUUCCAUUGGCAGUUAUAUUCUAUGGCCGCGUGCAUUGGUGCGGUUAGCAUAUCAGGGUUCGGGGAAGGCCGACAGGAAGGGAAAGAAGGUAGCUUCACCUCAGGGAGGCCGACGUGCCCAAGUGGGAACGAAUUCUUCGGCAAAGUAUCCACUCAUUACGGAUAUGGAGGUGGUGCAACGCCUUACUAAACCGUGCUUCUGGCUACAUGAGUGCAUUAGCGAUGCAGCCGAUGAAGCAAUGAUUGAGAUUAAGUUGUCGCACCACCAAUUCCACUACAUUGAUGAGGAAACAUCGACCUUCAUUUCUAAGGAUGAUAUUAAAGAAUUCUUACUUGGGGAAGAGUUGAAUGUUUCCAUGAUACAAACAUUCAUGAGGCUAUUAUACAAUGAUGUGAGGCGAUCUAGUCAGCCAAUCUUUGGUUGGUUAUGUCCAAGCUUUGUACGAGAUGACAGUUGCGUACAAAACGAAAAAGAGGUGAAAGUAUAUCUCAAGGAUUCUUUGAACGCAUGUUCUCGUCUUGGAUAUAAGAUCGUUCUUCUUCCUUACAUUGAAUCGAACCAUUGGACACUCAUUGCAAUAUGUGUGUCAAGUAACGAAGUCUACCACUUUGAUUCUUUGCGUAAAGGAACAAUACGGUCCUUACUAGUCAAAUCAUUGUUAAAUAGUGUGAUGAAGAAGAUUACUUCAUCUGGACUUCGACAAGGAAAAGCUCCUGUUUGGUAUUUAGUCGAGUGUCCGGUACAAGAAGGUGGACUUGCGUGUGGGUAUUACGUCAUGAGGUUCAUGCUCGAUAUCGUCAACUAUUGCAAAGAUGUUGUUGAUCUUCGAAAGGUAUGUAACUUUUAGGUUUCCAAUUGUUGUUUGUUGUAUUUCCGGCCUAUUUUAGCCUUUUCGCUCCCAAAAUGUAGUUAUGAUGUGAUUUAACCUCAAAUUCUCUUUGAACAUGAUUAUAUGAGGCAUAUUAUAACUAGUAUGUAGAUUC